AUGAAGUUCCUGUUCGCCACGCUCGCCCUGUGCGCGCUCUCGGCGCGGGCCGAGACGCUUACCGAUGCCCCGCGGCUGCGUCCCGCGCUGCUCAAGUCGCGGCAGGCCGUUGGAACGCCUGCGAUCGCCACUGCGGAGGGCCGCCAGCCGCAGCCGCCAGCUACGCGGGAGCUGCGUGGCGGCAGCGGGAUGAACGUCCCGCGCGAGCUGCAGCUUGUGAUCGGCGCCGCGGGCAUCUUCUUCUCCUUCUCCAUCUUUGCCGAGGACGUGUACAAGAAGGCGUACGGCGGCGAGUACUUUGCCUUUACGUUCCUCGCGCUGGUGAUCGAGCGUGGCGUCAACGCGCUCACCGCCUACCUCGGCAACCUCGCCCUCGGCCCAUCGGGGCAGACGGCCGUAGAGAUGCCAGACCCGGUACCUCUGCACUGCAAGAGACGGCCUCGCCGCCUGAGGACGCGUGCCCGGCUGGACGGCUCCCAUCCGCGCUGCCCUCUCGACCACACGCACAACAUCCCGCACAAGGAGAUCUUCAACUCGGGCAUCUCGCAGAUGCUCGCGAUGGCCGCCUCGAACGAGGCGCUGCGGUACGUCUCCUUUCCGACGCAGGUGCUGGGCAAGUCGUGCAAGAUGGUGCCGGUUGCGCUCAUCACGCUCGGCGUCUCGGUCUUCAACUUUGGAGGCAAGAAGAAGAAGGUGGGCAAGCCCGACCAGCCGUUCGGCCUGCUGCUGCUGGGCGCGUCGCUGCUGAUGGACGCGGUGACGGGCGGGCUGCAGGACAAGGUCAAGAAGACGACCAAGGAGAUCAACCCCCUCGUCAAGGGCGCCAAGCCCUCGAUGCACGAGUCGAUGCUCUGGACCAACGCCUCGGGCUGCCUCGUCGCGCUGCUGCUCGCGCUGCUGACGGGCCAGCCCGGCCACCUCGUCAACGGACUCGCCUUUUGCUCCAAGCACCCCGAGGCGCCUCCCUCGGCGGUGCUCAAGGCGAUCGUCGUCUACUCCAUCUCCUCGGCCGUCGGGCAGAACUUCGUCUACUACACGCUGACGCAGUUCAACCCGCUCGUGCUCACCACCGUGACCACCACGCGCAAGAUCUUCUCGACCCUCUUCUCCGUCUUCCGCAACCCCGAGAACUCGCUCUCGCCGAUGCAGUGGGGCGGCACCUCCCUCGUCUUCGCGGGCCUCAUCGGAGACAUCGCAAAGAAGAUGAUGUCCUAG